AAAAGAAGUAACAACGAAAGCACGAAUUAUCUCUAGUGAAACUUAUUCCUCGUGGCAAAAGAUAAGUGAUCCUGAAAGCAUCAGCUCGUGCUAAAGAUUCUUCUUUCUCUGAUGAGGACUCAGAUACCAAGAAGGCAGGCAGCUCGUGCUGCUACCAAGGCUGCAAGCAACUCAGAUUCAUCACAUGAAGUGGUGACAAGCUGCAUAGGUUAUCUUUUCUUUAGAACUAAGAAAAAGGACAUAGAUCCUGUAAACGAAGAGAUGGCUGCUAAAUCAAGUUCAGUCACAGCUCCUGUUACUGUGGAAAAAACUGUGUCUUCUACAGUGGUUGCAGAGCCAGUGGUGGUCAAGGCACGUGAGCCAAUUCCAGAGAAACAACAACGUGAGCUCUUCAAAUGGAUGUUGGAGGAGAAAAGGAAAGUAAAUCCCAAAAACGCAGAAGAGAAGAAACGGAAUGACCAAGAGAAAGCGAUUCUGAAACAGUUCAUAGGCUCCAAAACCAUUCCUACUCUCUGAUUUAUUAAAGUGCAGAUCCUGUUGAUUUUAGUUUGGUUUCAAUUCUUACUUUGUGGAUAUCAGAUGUUUUGCUUUUGGAAACUUUUUUCGUUUCAUUGUUGAAACCAGUCACUUUGGUCUUCAGUUCCAACAUUGAUCCAUUGUCCGGUCUCGUGUUUCUGUGGCAUUGUGAAACGUUGAAUGCUAGAGAAAAUGGUUCGUCUUUUUUUUGGGCUAAAGAGUUUGAGUUUGAAAUAUACAAUGUACAUGUCG